AUGAUGAACCCCUUUGCUGGAGUGGUGCCUAAGAACGUGCCAGCACCUGAGGGAGUUCCAGCUCACUUGCAAACUCAAGACUCUGAUGUGAGCCUGGGAGGAGACUCCAUCAGCCCCACCUCCAUGCAAAUCCUGCCCUUGCAGUGUUGGCGCGAAAAGUCUCAAAGCGCUACGAGAAGUGGGCGGCGGCGGAGCGCCACUGAGGGCGAGGUGAAACUCAUGAUGCGCACAGAGACCUUCGGCGACUUCUGGAACUUCACCUUAAACCCCACGGGCCACUUCAGGAACUUCUGGGACUUUUUGGCCAUCCUCUGCUUAGUCUUCGACGCGAUUGCUUUGCCUGUGCAUUUUGUGAACCAUCAAUUCUAUGCGAAGUAUCCCUACUUAUCCAUCAUCUCGAGGCUUCAGGUCUUCUAUUGGGCCUUCGAUUUGAUCCUCUCCUUCUUCACAGGAUACCUGGACAAGGGCAAUCUGGUUCAGAACCAUCGCAAAAUCGCUCUACACUAUCUGAAGACCUGGUUUCUGCCGGACUUCACGGUCACACUUCUGGACAUUAUCUUGGAAUUCUCCGACGGAUCACAGACGGAUCGCAUCAGUACCCGGGUGCUACGACUGCUGCGACUCUUCCGUGUGGUGCGGCUGGGGAAGGUGACCCGGUUCGCCUCCUUCUUGAGAGACAAGUUUGAAUCGGAGGUGGCCUACACUCAAUUCAGCUUGUUGCUCCUGGUCAUCGGGAUGAUGCUACAAGAGCAUGUGAUUGCUUGCGGAUGGUUUGGCAUUGCAUCACUGGGCACUCACCCCACAAGUUGGCUUUCGGAGCAUGGACAUGCCAGCUCCUCCUUCACCUUGCAGUACACUGACAGCUUGCGCUGGUCCUUCUCGCAGCUGGGUAUUGGGGGGACGGAGAUUGAAGCAGUGAAUGAGACCGAGGGCAUCUAUAGCGUGGUGGUCUCCCUGAUCUCGUUGAUGACCUUCUCGUCCAUUAUCAGUUCGAUGACUUCACUGGUGAGUACCCUGCAGAGUAGGAGGAUGGAUCAGACACAGCAGUUUGGCCUCUUGCGACGCUUCCUGAGGACCAACCACAUUGAAGAAAACCUGAGCCAGCGGAUCACUCGGUUUCUCCACUACACUUACCAUCAGAGGACAGCCAAUGUGGAAGAUCCCUACAUCUUGGAUUAUCUCUCGAAAUCCCUCCAGGCGGACUUGCAGUUGGCGCGCUACAAGGCGGUCCUCACGCAGAUGGACUUCUUGUCAGACUUGUUAUCAAGCCCCCUGCUCUCAUUGCAGGAGGGCAAUGUGGUGCGGAGCAUUGCGCGCGAAGCAGUCUCAGUUCAUGAAGUGGCAGAAGAUGACGUGGUCUUCUGUCAUGGCAACAAAGCGAUCAGUGCUUACUAUAUCAUUCGAGGCUCCAUGCUCUACCUGCAGAUGGGCUGCACCGCGCGCAGCCCCCCAGCGGCGUGGAUCGCUGAGAUGAGCCUUUGGACCGAGUGGACUCACCUUGGGGACCUGCUGUGCAACAGUUUCGGUCGAAUUCUGGCGAUCCAUGUUCAGGAGUUCUGUGAGAUUGUCUGCAAAGCCAACGCAGUACAGAUCAAAGCUCAUCAGUAUGCCCUUGGCUAUGUGGAGAGGUUGAGCAGCAUGGUUCACAGCACGGAUCUGCCGCUGGAUGACACUCCUCAGAAGCGAAGCUCCAAACUGGGUCGUGGAGACUCGGCCCAGUUGAGGGAUCGGCGGGGCAAGCUUUGUGAGCGAAAGGGUGUGGAUGAAAUCCUCCAGAAGCAGAACCGAGGCCGGCAGUGCAGAACUUUCACGCGUGCCCCGAGCGCGCCGCAGCCCCUGAGGUUGGGCGAAUGCUAUGAGGCAGACAUGAGGCGUGCACGGAGCAAGUCACGAACUCCGGCGGCGCCGAAGAGCCUCCACUACGAGUCGGCCGUGCCGCCGAAGUCUUCGCCCCAGCAACUCCACACGCCACAGAUGCUCUUGCGGCGUUCCGACAGCGACGGCGAGGAGGGUGCAUUCAGUGGUGGCGUGAUGCCCACGAGGUCCAAGGAUCGCCCAGGUGCGACACCAAGUGCGUUUGACCAUGCCAACCGGCAGAUCUCCGAUUGGGGGUCUCGGCAGGUCUCUGACUGGGGCGGUGUGCGGCAACUCUCUGACUGGGGCGGUGCGCGGCAAGUCUCCGAAUUUGGUGGUGUGCGGCAAGUCUCCGAAUUUGGUGGUGGGCGGCAAGUCUCCGACUGGUUUGGUCAGCUGCCACAGGGCUCCGAGCAGUUGGGUGCUCGCGGUUCCGAAGGGCCUGAGACUGGUCACAGCGAAGGCCUCGGGAAGUCCUCUCCUGGUUCGCCGGCGAGCGGGCUGGGGGCGAUGAUGCCGCUGGAGUGUUGGCUCCACCGACCAAAGAGCGCUACCACCAACCGCUCCACACUGGGCCCUGGCUCCACACUGGGCCUGGGCGGGCCGAGUAACAAAAAUUCCAGGACGGGGAGUGCAGAUGUUAUGGCGAAGGACCUCUUGGCGGAGCGCUGGCGGUCAUGUACGUUGAGCCCCACGGGCCACUUCCGGAACUUGUGGGACUUCCUAGGGAUCAUCCUGCUGGUCUUCGAUGCUGUCACCUUGCCGGUCCAGUUCGUCACCAGCGGCUUCUACGUCAUUUUCCCGGCCCUGUCGGUGGUCUCCAAGUUUCAGGUGCUUUAUUGGGCCCUGGACGUGCUACUAAGCUUUUUCACUGGAUAUUUGGACAAAGGCAACCUCAUUCAAAGCCACAAGGAGAUCGUUUGCCACUACUUGAAGACUUGGUUCUUGCCCGACUUCAUAGUCACUGUCAUCGACAUCGUUCUGGAGUUUAGUGGAGGUGAAGAAGCCAGUACCGAUCGUGCCAGCACACGAGUUCUACGGCUCUUGCGGCUGCUGCGGGUCGUGCGGCUGGGCAAGUUGACCCGCUUCGCCUCCUUCUUGCGGGACAAGUUCGAGUCUGAGGUGGCCUACACCCAAUUCAGCUUACUGCUUUUGAUCAUAGGCAUGAUGCUGCAGGAGCACGUCAUUGCGUGUGGAUGGUUUGGCAUUGGAUCUUUCUCCUCGGAGGAAAACACCUGGCUGACGGUUUCCAAGAAUGAAUACUCCUCGUUCACCCUGCAGUACACUCACAGCCUUCGCUGGGCCUUCUCCCAGUUGGGCAUUGGAGGGACCAAUAUCGAAGCUGUGAAUGAGGCGGAAGGGCUUUACAGUGUGGUGGUCGCGUUGGUCUCGUUGAUCACCUUUUCGUCGAUCAUCAGUUCAAUGACCUCCUUGUCGAGUACCUUGCAGAACAAGCGGAUGGAGCAGACCCAGCAGUUUGGCCUGCUGCGACGCUUCCUCCGCAUGAACAAGAUCUCAGAGAAUUUGGGCCAGCGUAUCACGCGCUUUCUUCACUACACUUACCAUCAGAGGUCAGCAAAUGUGGAUGAUCCAUACAUCUUAGACUUUCUCUCGAAAUCCCUUCAGGCAGAACUUCAGCUCGCACGCUACAAUGAUUAUCUCAGUAAGAUGCCUUUUCUUGCAGCCAUCUUGAAGCGGAGCAACACCCUAAGCCUUCAGGAAGGUCAUGUUUUGCAAACCCUGGCCAGCCAAGCGAUCUCUUCGCAUGACUUUGCAGAGGACGAUGUCCUCUUUUGUUACGGGAACCGGGCCACUGCAGCAUACUACGUGCUGCAAGGCUCAACCCUAUACCUGCAGAAUGAACGCACGGCUCGUAGUCCUCCGCAUGAGCUUUGGAUCUGCGAGAUGUGCCUCUGGACACGGUGGACACAUCUCGGGGACUUGCUCAGCACAAGCUUCUGCAAAAUCCUUGCGGUCCACGGGAAGGAGUUCUGCGAGAUCAUCUCCAAGGCAGGUCCAGUCCAGGUGCACGCGCACAAAUACGCGACCGACUACGUGGAGGAGCUGAAUGCCAGGGUGGAUAUGGGCCGUGCAACUGACCUCUCCGAAUCCAAAGACAUCGUGGCUAGACGAACCAGCAUUGCUUCGCUGCCCCUGCAUUUCAAGGGAGUGCUCGCAUCUGCGAGGUUCUCGUGUUUACGAGGCUUAUUCGAGCGAUCUCGAGCGACGAAGACCGCUCCUGAGCUCACAUGA